GCGCCUAGACAACAAAUUAUGAGGGAGCUUGUGACAUUUGCCGUCGGUCAAGCCGGCAACCAGAUCGGCUCUGCGUUCUGGUCUGGCGUGCUGAGCGAGCACGGCCUUAACAACGAGGGCCAGUACGUGGGCAACAACCCGAACCAGCUCGAGAAGAUUGGCGUCUUCUUUGAGCCCAGUGGCCAGGAGGGCAAGUACGUGCCCCGCUCCGUCCAGGUCGACCUCGAGCCGGGCACGCUGGACCAUGUCCGAAGCGGCCCGCUGGGCCAGCUCUUCCGGCCGGACAACUUUGUCGCUGGCGAGUCUGGCGCCGGCAACAACUUCUCCAAGGGCUACUACACCGAGGGCGCCGAGCUCAUGGACAGCGUCAUGGAUGUCGCGCGCAAGGAGGCCGAGAAGGCGGACAUGCUCCAAGGCUUCCAGCUCGUGCACUCGCUUGGUGGUGGCACGGGAUCGGGCCUGGGUACGAAUCUACUGACAAAGCUGAGGGAAGAGUUCCCCGACCGAAUGCUCGCCACCUGGUCCGUUCUCCCUUCGCCCAAGGUCUCGGACACCGUUGUGGAGCCGUACAACGCUACGCUGAGUUUCCACCAGCUCGUUGAGAAUGCCGACCUGUCCUUCUGUCUCGACAACGAAGCGCUCUACGACAUCUGCCAACGCACGCUGAGGACAAAGGACCCAUCGUACAAGGACCUCAACUCAAUCAUCAGCUACGCCAUGAGCGGCUGCUCGACGACGCUGCGCUUCCCCGGUCAGCUCAACUCGGAUCUUAGGAAGCUCGGUGUCAACAUGGUGCCUUUCCCCCGUCUCCACUUCUUCACCGCCGGCUUCACCCCCCUCGUUUCGCCAGGCAGCAAGGCCUACCAGCACCUCACCGUGUCUGAGCUCGUCCAGCAGGGCUUCGACCCCAAGAACCUCAUGGCUGCCAUUGACCCGCGCCUGGGCAAGUACCUCACCGUCUCUGCCAUCUUCCGCGGCAAGCUCUCGUCGAGGGACGUGGAGCAGGAGAUGUCGACGAUCCAGAACAAGCAAUCGCAAAGCUUCGUCCAGUGGGUGCCGAACUGCAUCUCGACGUCUCUGUGUGACGUGCCGCCGCCUGGGAUGCGCAUGUCGGCCACCUUCAUUGCCAACACGACUAGCAUCAAGGACCUUUUCAAGCGCACCCACGACCAAUUCUCGCUCAUGUUCCGGAGGAAGGCCUUCCUGCACUGGUACACGGGCGAGGGAAUGGACGAGAUGGAGUUCACCGAGGCCGAGAGCAACCUCAUCGAUCUCAUCACCGAGUACGAGCAGUACGAGGCGGCUGGUCUUGAUGACGACGAGGAGAUCUUGGAGGAGGAGUACAUUGAGGAGAGCCAAUUUGCAGACGAAGGCGUGCAGGAGGAGGUGCCCGCCGAAGAGGAGUACUGACCCGAGCCCGUUUGAACCGUAAGAAGAAAACAAAAGGAACAAAGAAUACCUCUUCCCCCUACCACUUCCCCUCCUCGAUGUAAUCUAAAGACGACUCUGCUCCCGCUCGUGCAAAUGGCUCCCAUGGAUCUGCGUGGUAGAGUGAUUAAUCGCAUCCCGUUUGGCCUCCCGCUCACGGCGAUUGAAACCGUGAUUGAUGGCGAAAAGAA